GCCAAAAACCUCGUGCCCUCAACUCCCUCGUCCACCGCCUCGGCCAUCGACAAAGAUGACAGCUUUAACCAAAUCCCUCUCCAUCUUCAUCCUCCUCUUGCUCCCCAUCCUCUCCUCAGCCGGCGGCUCGAAUUUGAUCCGCGUUGGGCUGAAGAAGAAGCCCCUGGAUCGAUCGAUUCAAGCCCUGGAUCCGAGAAAAUACGGGUUAAGAUCUAAUUUUGAGAAUGUGGGUUCCGACGACGAGGACAUAGUCUCGUUGAAGAAUUACAUGAACGCGCAGUACUUUGGGGAGAUUGGGGUUGGCACGCCACCGCAGACUUUUACGGUGAUCUUUGAUACGGGAAGCUCCAAUCUUUGGGUUCCAUCGUCCAAGUGCUAUUUCUCGAUUGCUUGUUAUAUGCAUUCGAAAUAUAGUUCGAGCGAAUCGAGCACGUAUCAAGAGAAUGGCAAAUCUGCUGCAAUUCAGUAUGGAACCGGAUCAAUCUCGGGCUUCCUUAGCCAGGAUCAUGUUACAGUUGGUGACCUGGUUGUCAAGGAUCAGGUUUUCAUUGAAGCAACUAAGGAGCCAGGCCUCACUUUCUUGAUGGCCAAAUUUGAUGGCAUUCUCGGACUUGGAUUCAAAGAAAUAUCGGUUGAUGACGUGGUGCCUGUAUGGUAUAACAUGGUUGGCCAAAAACUUGUCCAAAAUCCUGUUUUCUCCUUCUGGUUGAACCGAAGAGAAGGGGAAUGGCAGGGAGGUGAACUUGUAUUUGGAGGUUCUGAUCCAAAUCAUUUUAAGGGGGAGCACACAUAUGUUCCCGUGACUCAGAAAGGUUACUGGCAGUUCAAUAUGGGAGAGGUGCAAAUAGGAGGGCAGAAGACUGGAUUCUGUGCUGGAGGUUGUGCGGCAAUAGCAGAUUCUGGAACUUCCCUAAUUGCUGGUCCAACAGCAGUCAUAACAGAAAUUAAUCAAAAGAUUGGAGCUUCUGGUGUUGUUAGCCAAGAAUGCAAGGCUGUAAUUGCACAAUAUGGGGAAAAAAUUCUUGCCAUGUUGGUGGAAAAGGAACAACCAGAAAAGGUUUGCUCCAGGAUUGGUCUGUGCACUUUUGAUGGAUCUCAAGGAGUUAGUGGCAUUAUUGAGAGUGUAGUAAAUGAUAACGGGGAUAAAUCAACUGAUGGACAGAGUGAUGCUAUGUGCUCUUCUUGUGAAAUGGCAGUUUUAUGGAUGCAGAAUCAGCUUCUCCAGAAUAAAACACAAGAUCAAAUACUUAAUUAUGCAAAUGAGCUGUGUGAUAAGUUACCUAGUCCAAUGGGAGAAUCAGCUGUUGACUGUAAUAGCCUUGCCGGGAUGCCUACCGUUUCUUUUACUAUCGGUGGAAAGAUAUUUGAUCUGACACCAGAUCAGUAUGUUCUUAAAGUUGGCGAGGGAGAUAAAGCGCAAUGCAUCAGCGGAUUCACAGCCUUGGAUGUACCUCCACCAAGAGGACCUCUCUGGAUAUUGGGGGAUGUCUUCAUGGGAGUUUAUCACAUUGAGUUCGACUAUGGGAAGUCGAGAAUUGGAUUUGCAAAAGCGGCAUAAGAUGGCCUAUCUUUAUUCUGGUCUUGAUAUUCUGAAACUUUGGUUCAUAUAUGCUUACGUUUGUGUGCUAUUUAUGUAUAUAUUUUGGAUGGAUCAGGAUUACUGUGUUAUCUGAUUUUUCUUAAAUGUUAUUUACGGUUCUUUACAUGUCUUGUUCACCAAUGCAAUCGAGAUGCAAUGCA